GCGGUGCAGCCCGCCGGGAUCCCGGUUUGUCGGUGCGGUUCGGCUCGGUGCUCGCCUCUCGGGGGCUGUUGGCGCGAUGGGUGCCCCGCCGCAGCUGCAGGCGCUGCUCCUGGCUGUCAACACACUGCUGCGCAAGCGCCGCUACCACGCCGCGUUGGCCAUGGUCAAGGGUUUCCGGAACGGGGCAGUCUAUGGAGCCAAAAUCCGGGCCCCGCAUGCACUGGUCAUGACCUUUCUCUUCCGAAGUGGCAGCCUCUGGGACAAGCUUCGGGCCAUUCUGCAGGGCACGUACACACACUCCUGGAACUUGGCCUGCUUUGUGUUCACCUAUAAGGGACUGUGCACCCUGCAGUCCCGCGUGCAGGGUGAGACCUCCCAGGUGCACUCAUUCCUGGCUGCCUUCAUUGGGGGCUUGCUGCUGUUUGGAGACAACAACAACAUCAAUAGCCAGAUCAACAUGUACCUGAUGUCACGCGUCCUAAUUGCCCUGUGCCGCCUGGGCGUGGAGAAGGGCUACAUCCCCAAGCCCAGAUGGAACCCAUUCCCAUUGUUCGCUGCGACUUUGUGGGGGCUGGUGCUGUGGCUCUUUGAGUACCACCGGCCCACGCUGCAGCCUUCGCUGCAGUCCUCCAUGACCUACCUGUACGAGGACAGCAACGUGUGGCACGACCUCUCAGACUUCCUCAUCUACAACAAGAGCCGCCCCGCCAAGUGACAUGGCCCCAGGGGCUUCUGAGGGUUUCUACACCUGAGCAGGCGCAGGUGAUAUCCAGCUGGGGCUGGAAGUUUGGCUGUAUCAGUGAACCCUCCCAGAGAAUCCUGACUUCUCCUCAUGAUCGUGAACUUCAGUCUCCAACUUGUAUUUUCCCAGGGUGACAUAUGCUGAAGUAAAAGAACUGGUUCUCCCAUCCCAUGAGGAGCCUGGGCUUGGGGCCAGCUGUGCUGCUGACUUCUGUAAGGCUAGGGCAGUCACACCCCUCUGGGCCUCAGGGGCCUUUUUCUGGUGGGUGUGUUCUUAGGCUGUUUUUCUUAUAGAACAGAGGGUUCCUUGCAGGGCAAUGGGUUGCAGAUUCUUUUUAAAAAAUUAUUAAGUUCCUUCCUUCAGGUGCUAGUCUAUUGGAGAAGCUCUAGAGUCACUCUGUCCAAUAGAAACACAAUGUCAGCCAUCUAUGCAGUUAAAAUUUUUCUAGUAGCUACUUUUAAAAAAAGUGAAAAGAAGCAGGUGAAAUUAAUUUUAAUAAUGUAUUUUUAACACACUGUUUACAAAAUAUCACUUCAAACUGCAAUUAUUCAAAAAAUUAGGGGAUAUUUUACAUCCUUUUUUUGUACUAAGUCUUCAAAAUCGGGUGGUUUUUUCUUCCCACUGACAGUACCUCUCAAUUUGGACUAGCCACAUUUCAAGUGUUCAGUAGCCACAUGUGGGUAGUGGCCACCUUAUUGGACAGCAAAGAUACAGAACACUUCUAUCCUUGUGGAAGGUUCUAGCGGGCAGUGCAGAUCUAGCCCUAGAGGACGUGGGUUUGAGUCCCCGCUCCACCAUAGUAUAGCCUUGGGGAAGGUUCUUAAUGUCUCAGAGCCUCAAUUUCCUAUAAAAUGAGGAUAAUCGUAAUAUCCAGUCUUCACACUGGACUUGGCAACUGCAACCGCUGCUGCUAGUAAUAAUUACACCCAUUUAGUGAGCUCCUACUUCCGGUUGGGUGCUUUGCACAUAUUAUUUCUAAUCCACACAAUGAUCUUGCAAGUCUGUGUUUUGAUUUGCAUUUUACAGAUGUGGACACUGAAGAUCAGAGAAGGGGAGGUAACUUGCCCAUGGUCAUACAACUAGUAUGAUAGUCUAGACAGGAUUUGAUCCCAGAUCUGAUUUCAAAGCCUGUGAUUUUUUUUUCAGUGCCUUGCUUUAAGUUCAAAAACCUAAGCCACGCUGUGCAGAUGUUUGCUAGCUAUAGGAUCUGGGUGGGAGGGCGGUGUGUGCUUAAAUGACUACAGCCACCUGGCAAGUGGCAUAAAUGAAAAUGGCCGGGGUGCGAUACAGUAGAGGGUGGUGGGGAUGUGGUGAGCUGGAUCUGAUUUUGUAAAGCCACCGUGCUGAACAAAUAAAAUAGAUCUUCGGGAA